GACGAUUGGGUUGUCAAUAUAAAUAACCCAUAAUGCUUUGCGAAAUUUUUUAGCUCAAGUAAACGUCAAAUUUCAGGAAUGACAAAAUUUACCUUGUUAUCUUACUUGUAACGGAUUAUCUUAUCAAAUACACACAUAAAUAUAAUUUUAACAGCCUUUAUUACAAUUUUAACCGGAGAAAAAGAAGAACAAAUUUAAGCCAUGGCUGAGUGCGUAAAGGUCAUAGUGCGAUGUCGGCCUAUGAACAAAAGAGAAGAAGAUCUCAAAUGUAAAUGUGUAAUAGAGAUGACUGGGGCUCGGGCGCAAUGUGCCAUUACUAACCCUGGGGACGCUAAAGCACCACCGAAAAGUUUUACAUUUGAUGGAGCAUAUUUUGUUGACUCGACAACAGAAAAUAUAUAUAAUGAAAUUGCAUACCCACUUGUGGAGGGCGUGACAGAGGGAUACAAUGGUACAAUAUUUGCCUAUGGGCAGACUGGAUGUGGAAAGUCAUUUACAAUGCAGGGAAUUCACGACCCACCUACCCAGAGAGGUAUCAUUCCAAGAGCAUUUGACCAUGUAUUUGAGACAGUAUCUUGUGCUGACGACACAAAGUUUUUGAUCCAUGCAUCAUAUUGUGAGAUAUACAAUGAAGAGAUACGUGACCUGCUGGGCAAGGACAUCAAAGCCAAGCUUGAACUUCAUGAACAUCCAGAAAAAGGCGUAUAUGUCAAUGGCCUGUCUACACAUCCAGUUCACAGUGUUGUAGAAUGUAACAAGAUUAUGGAGAAAGGUUGGAAAAAUCGGUCAACCGGAGCCACUCUGAUGAACGCUGACUCGUCCCGCAGUCACUCUAUAUUUUCAAUCAUGUUAGAAAUGAUGUCAGCGGACGAGGAAGGGGAGGAACAUAUACGAGCCGGAAAACUUAAUCUCGUAGAUUUAGCUGGUAGUGAAAGACAAGCAAAAACAGGUGCAACUGGCAGUCGUCUGAAGGAAGCUACAAAAAUUAAUUUAUCAUUGUCUGCUCUGGGUAAUGUGAUAUCUGCACUGGUUGAUGGAAAAUCAAAACAUAUACCAUACAGAGAUUCCAAACUAACACGUCUGCUACAAGACUCUCUUGGCGGGAACACAAAAACUCUCAUGGUGGCGUGUUUAUCUCCUGCAGACAAUAACUACGAUGAAACGUUGAGUACUUUGAGAUACGCUAAUCGUGCAAAGAACAUUAAGAACAAACCAAAGAUUAAUGAAGAUCCGAAGGAUGCCCUCCUGCGUCAGUAUCAGGAGGAAAUUGAGAGGUUGAAGGCCAUGUUGAUGGGACAGAUUCCCAUGCCAGAAGGGGGAUUUGAAGGUGUUAUGGCAGCAGAAAGUGGUCAGAAAACAAGCCGUUCUGAUAAAUCUAGUAAAUCUGAUGACUCGGCACGUUUAGACCUAGAAGAGGAAAAGAAAAAAAUAAAAGAGGACUAUGAUCAGAAGUUAUCAGAGAUGCAGCAGCAGUAUGAGACGGAGAAAAUCAGUAAAGCCAAGCUCGAGCAGGACAUGCUGAAAUUACGACAAUUUUACGACAGUCGACUCGCAAAUGUUGACGGAGAAAUUGAAAAACUUCCGUCCACCGCGGAAAAAAAGCGUCUAAACACAAAUGAUUCGCAACAAAUGCGUGUGAUGGCAUUCCAAAACUUACUGGAAGCUUUCAAGCUUGCGUCUGAUCAGAAAAGACCAACAAAAAGUGGUGAUGUUACAUUAGCAGCAGCACCCGGGACUCCGGGUCAGCAAGUAGGUAAACAGCAACAACAACAACAACAGCAGCAGCAAGCCGGGCAACAGUCACAGGAAGGGAAACAACAGGUUGUUGUGGUACCAGUUCUAAAUCCAGAUGGAACGCCUGCCAAAGAUGCUGAAGGACAUGUUAUAACAAAGACAGAGUAUGUGACAAGGACAGAGUAUAUUGAUAGGGAACAGGAUGGUGAGGUUGGAGGCAGGCCAAGUUCUGUCAUGGGUGAAGGUCUUCCUGUAGGCCCGGAUGUUGACGAUGUUAGACUUCAGAGUGUGAGUGGAUCAGAAGAUUUACAAGCAUCAACGAGCAGUAAGGGUUCUGUGUUUACCCGUGAUGCUCAAGUACCUACAAUGGCCAGGGAGAAAACUGCAAUAGAACAUCCUGACCAGGACAAGAAGGUCAGUAUAGUAAACGGACAGAUGGUGAUACGGUCUACAACAACUACUGGUGAGGAGAGUAUCAUGGUACGGCCUACGACAUCCGGGGGACGUAAAGCUCAACCUGUAUCACAAGAUGAAGUAGCCCCAGGGUCGUUGGCUCCAAGGUCAUCACCCACACAUUCCAGCAUGCAGGAACAGCUGAGGUUCCAACAAAAUGAAGCUCUUAAAAGACUGCAGGAGUUAGAACAACAGAUGGUUGGUGGUGAAAAUAAAGAGAACAAAGAAUUAAAAGAAAGAAGAAAAAAGAGAAAACAAUUUGCAGAUGAAAGAAAAAGAAAACUUGCAGAGGCUAUAGCCAACAUGGAUGAUGAUGGUAUUAUGUUAGAUAUAUACGAUCAGAUGGGAGAUAAACAAAAAAUUACCGAGAAAAGAUUAGAAAAGGAGAAAGAAAAGACUGAGGCUUUGAACAGAGAGAUAUUAGAUCUACAAUCAGAGUUUGAAUUUGAACGUAUAGAUUACCUAGAUACUAUACGUAAACAAGAAAAAGAAUUAAGCUAUUUACAAAAAUUAAUAGAUGUGAUACAUCCGUGUUUACGUAAAGACUGUAACUAUAGCAACCUGGAUAAAAUAAAAAUAUUGAGUAAAUGGGACGACGAGGAACAGAAAUGGAUAAUGCCUGCAUUGAAAAUAGAAAAGACAGCUCUACCAGUCACUGGUACAACAUUACCAACAGGUAUGAAUGGUCACAGAAGUCCCAGGAUGAACGGUGAACAUGAUGAAUUUGAUGAUAGAUAUAGACAGAAAAUAAUGCGUAGUGAGGACAAGUCGGGUAAUUAUUUCCAGACAAAACGACCCAGUCAACUUGUAUCUGAACCUCUACAGAAAGUUGAUAUUGGGGAAGUGAAAAGAAAUUACAACAUUCAGCCUCAGAAUGCCUUACCAAUAAGUAAUGGUUUUGCUGCACGUAAAAGUCUGGUAGACAUGGACGAGCCCAUGAGUAGUGGACUAAAGGCAGCGAAGGUACAUGGACAAAUCCUCAAUGACGAGGGAGCUGUCAGAAAACCAGCAAGAUUACAAGCUCUAGGUCCAGUAGGGAAAAAAGAUAAGAAAAAGAAGAGAAAUAAUUAUGAUGACGGUUAUUGAUGAUUGAUAGAUUUUUUAGAACUGUUUGUAAAUUGUUGCACGUAUGAAAUCUUUCCUAAAAUGAAAGUGAAACUAGACGACUGCCUGAUAGAGCAUAACUGUUGUAACUUUUAUGUUAGGAUUUUGGGAACAGUUAAAUAAGUUAUAAACUAAAGUGAUGUGUUUGUGUAGAAGAGUAAAUGUGUACAUUUCCUAUGGACAUGUAACAAGGCAGGGCUCGACUUAUUACAGGACAAUGUAUUAUAUAAACUUAAUAUUAUUAGCUUGGUUAUAAACCUACUAGAAAACUUUUAAAGGAUUAAACUCAGCACUGAUGAAAUCCAAAUCAACUUACAUUUGUUCUAUAGUGUUACAGCUAUUCUACAUUCU